AUGGCUCCCCGAUCUUUAAACGCGUUGAUUGUUACAGCGUUGGCUGUGGCUGGUGUUUAUGCCGGGCCCUGCAAGCCAUCGCUGGCAUCGUCAUCUAUCAUCUCGUUCUCAAGUGCAUUCACGACGAUAGAAGGACUAUCAUCAACUGAGACACAGACUACAGCGGGUGUUUCGUCCAGCACUGAGACACUCUCUACUGCCGACGCCGAUACCACCGAGGCUCUAUCGACUACUACAGCCCUAUCGAUCACAGAGGAGCUGUCGACCACUGUCUUUGAGUCGACAACAUCGGCUGAAACUACCACAGCAGCGGCAACGACGACAACGGAGGCUGGAUGUACAGUCGCUUGCACCCAUGUCAUCGGAAAGAGCGGCGCUUGUACGAUUCCAUUCCAAGUCGCAACAUGGCAGAUCGACGAGUCUUGGCAUAUCGGUUCACCCACAGUAACUAACCAGGCGGCUUGCGCCGAUGCCUGUGCCAGUGACUGUCGUUGCAAGUCCUUCGCCUCGUAUGGCACAAGCUGCGACCUGUACUCGGGCACCCAGGCCCAGGUGAAUCCACCUUCCUUCUACCUCGGCUCUUACUUCUUCGAUCUGGCGGGCUGUUAUGAAUGCGAUGAUUAA